AGAGAGCGCUCAGCAUCACACGGUCUUACACACCGUUCGAUUAUUCCUCCCAACUCCAACGUACGCACCCUCUCCGUCGCUCAUUUCCUCCUCGAUUUCUUCCUAGCCGAAGCAGAGUUAUACCACGCAUAAAACCUUUAGAGGGGGAGAGAGAGAGAGAGAGGAGGUUCCCGAGAGGUAAAAGGUAGGACCUUGUUGGUCUCUGAAGAAGAUAUGGCAUGGAGGCGCCUCAUCACUCAGGUUUCAAGGCACCAAUCUGAGUUGGGACAAGUUAAGAAUUUGUUUGUGAGAACUUAUUUCCCUGUCAAUAAGUUUGGACGUGGUGGAGGGAAUAGGUUUUUAAGUGCUCAAGAGAGGUGCCAGUCUAGCUAUGUUGGUAGUCUAGCUCGCAGGGUACGUGAUGUAGAUGAAGCUAGCGAGGUUGCACAUCUUAAAGAACUUUACCAUAGAAAUGAUCCUGAAGCAGUAAUAAGACUAUUUGAAAGUCAACCAUCUUUACAUUCUAACCCUUCGGCACUUUCCGAAUAUGUUAAGGCAUUGGUCAAGGUUGAUCGGUUGAAUGAAAGUGAGUUACUCAAGACAUUGCAGAGAGGCAUUGCAAACAAAGGUAAGGAGGAAGAAAGUAUUGGCGGUCUUUCAGCUUUUAGGAAUGUGGGAAAAGCUACAAAAGAUGGUAUUCUUGGAACUGCAAGUGCUCCUAUUCAUAUGGUAGCUACUGAAGGAGGGCAAUUCAAAGAGCAGUUGUGGCGUACAAUUCGCACUAUCGCACUUGCCUUUCUCUUGAUAUCUGGUGCAGGAGCACUCAUUGAGGAUAGGGGAAUCAGUAAAGGGCUUGGCCUACAUGAAGAAGUGCAACCUAGCUUGGAAUCUAAUACAAAAUUCAACGAUGUAAAAGGGGUUGAUGAGGCAAAGGCAGAGCUUGAAGAAAUUGUUCACUAUCUCCGAGACCCCAAGCGCUUUACUCGUUUAGGUGGCAAGCUCCCAAAAGGUGUUUUGCUUGUUGGCCCACCUGGCACUGGCAAAACGAUGUUAGCUAGAGCUAUAGCUGGAGAAGCUGGGGUACCUUUCUUCUCCUGUAGUGGCAGUGAGUUUGAAGAAAUGUUUGUUGGCGUUGGAGCUCGAAGAGUAAGGGAUCUUUUUUCUGCUGCAAAGAAGCGGUCACCUUGCAUAAUAUUCAUCGACGAGAUAGAUGCCAUAGGAGGAAGUCGUAACCCAAAAGACCAGCAGUACAUGAAAAUGACUUUGAAUCAGUUGCUUGUUGAACUGGAUGGCUUCAAACAAAAUGAGGGAAUUAUAGUGAUUGCUGCCACUAAUUUCCCGGAGUCAUUAGAUAAGGCAUUGGUGAGACCUGGACGUUUUGAUCGUCACAUUGUUGUUCCUAAUCCAGAUGUUGAAGGACGAAGGCAGAUUAUGGAAUCCCACAUGUCAAAGGUUCUCAAGGCAGACGAUGUUGAUUUGAUGAUUAUUGCUAGGGGAACUCCCGGGUUCUCAGGUGCUGAUCUGGCAAACUUGGUCAACAUUGCUGCUCUAAAGGCUGCUAUGGAUGGUGCUAAAGCAGUGAGCAUGGCCGAUCUAGAGUAUGCAAAGGACAAGAUUAUGAUGGGAAGUGAACGUAAAUCUGCUGUGAUAUCUGAUGAAUCACGAAGGCUGACAGCUUUCCAUGAGGGAGGCCAUGCCCUCGUAGCUAUCCAUACCGAUGGGGCUCUUCCAGUUCACAAGGCAACAAUAGUUCCCCGUGGGAUGUCGCUUGGCAUGGUUGCCCAAUUGCCCGACAAGGAUGAGACAAGUAUCUCUCUUAAGCAGAUGCUUGCCCGACUUGAUGUUUGCAUGGGAGGACGGGUUGCAGAAGAGCUCAUAUUUGGAGAAAGUGAAGUUACUUCUGGUGCAUCUUCGGACCUCCAGCAAGCAACUUCACUCGCAAGAGCAAUGGUUACGAAGUAUGGUAUGAGCAAAGAAGUUGGGCUUGUUUCUCACAACUAUGAUGACAACGGGAAGAGCAUGAGCACGGAGACUAGGCUCCUUAUCGAGAAAGAAGUGAAGAACUUUUUGGAAAGGGCUUACAACAAUGCGAAAACCAUUCUUACCACCCAUAGCAAGGAGCUUCAUGCACUUGCAAGUGCCUUGCUUGAGCACGAGACACUUUCGGGAAGUCAGAUCAAGGCUUUGCUUGCCCAAGUCAACUCUCAGCUGCAACAGCAGCAGCAACAGCAACAACUGGUUACGACACAGAGUAGUAACUCACAGUCCAACCCAGUGCCGCCCUCACCACCCAAUCCAGCUGCAUCUGCUGCUGCAGCGGCAGCUGCAGCCGCUGCUGCCGCAACUGCCGCAGCCAAGUCUAAGGGCAUUGCUCCCGUGGGAUCAUAGCAUGACGGAAGUUGGGUCUCUGAUCCUUUGCCAAGUGCCUAAUUGUCAGAUUCAAUGUGCAUAUAGUAAUUAACUUACCAGCCUUCCGUGGAGUACUGUAGUCUGUUUGGUGCACCGUGAGGUUUUAUUCUUGUAUCACUGUGACUCAAAUUGACUGAAUACUAUUGAAGGAAUCAAUUGGGAGUGAGUCUAGCAGUUAUGAUUAAGAAGAAAGAUGACUGGAAGUAAUCUGCUGUUUUUGUUUUUCCAAAAUAAUAUUUCUUGUUUUUAGUCUU